AAAAAAUUAUUUAAUGAGGGAAUUGAUUCCGAUAUGGGCGAUUGGAGUGUAUUCACUUUGAAUACAACUGGUGUAUGGAUACAUUCGAUUUGUUUGUGCGCUGCGUUUUCUAGCACUUUCCGACAUGGAUAUAAAAUUGAUCAUCUUUUGCUUCAUCAACUUGGCAUCAGCCCUAGACGUAAAGAACCUCACAGGAGUAAUGUCCAAACUUCCUGAAAUUUUAAAUGACCCAAAAUCGGGUACCACUCAAUUAUGUUCAACUUUCGAAGAACUCAUUCUAUGUUCUAAGAUGUGGGUUGACAAGUCCCUCAUUAUAAAAGAAAUUUGGAACGAAAACAGCACCGAUGUUUUUGUGGUUACUGCUCCACGAGGAUGGGGAAAAACGAUAACUCUGUCUAUGGUAGGUUAUUACCACCAGCUACCAAUAAAUGAUGACGGAUCAGUAGCCGAUAGAAAAAAAUCAAGAAAUUAUAUUUAUUUCACCGAAGGCAAAGUUGCUUACAGAUAUGCGUCAGCAGCGCAAUGCAACUGUUUACCCCUCAUUUCUAGCGAACAAUCUUUAAACAACGAGCAUUUAGCAAAUCAUCCAGUUAUAUACAUAGAUGGAGAGGAUCAUGGCAAGGAUUUCAUAGAUCAUUUUCAAAGUAUGAUAUGGAAUACUUACCAAAAGCACGCUAGUCUGUACGAAUUUCUAAGGAAAAAAUCUUCAAUACCAAUCAACGAUGGAGAAAAGACGGAAAUUUUGCUCAACUUGGAGAAGUUUCAGGACUAUUACAAUUGGACUAAAAUACAGAAUUUAGAUCGAAAGCGUUUAAAACAGGGUAUAAAAAUUUUAUCAGAUUUAUUGGAAAAGACUUACGAAAGAAAGGUCGUAAUACUUUUCGACGAAUACGACAAUUUCAUUUCGAAUACUUACGUUGGAUAUGCAUGUCUUGGAGUUCCAUCGUCGAAAGUAAGCGAUGAUUUUGUAGACUUUUUACAAGGAUUCAUGUACGAGACCUUCAGAGUGAACACCCACUUGGUCAAAGGUUUUAUCACCGGAGUUUUACCAAUGCUCGAAAUCACAGGUCUAUCUGGUCUGAAUAAUGUGGCUUUAAAAUAUGUGUUUGGAAUUGACAGCUUUUUCCCUUACUACGGAAUUCUUGAACACGAAUUAUGUGAUUUGGUUUAUGAAAGAGAAAUUGUCCAAAGUUCAAUGGAGCGUGCAGUGUCCCAUUAUGGCGGCUAUCACGCAUUAGGCCACCUUGACGAUUCAAUGUGCUCUGCAUAUUCGUCAAUUCAAUUUGUCAAUACAAAAGUGGUAAAGGAUUGCUGGACAUUGACACCGGGUGUUAGCGAUUUAUUUAAACAAAGAAAUUUUAGCUUGGAUAUUGGAAAAGUUAUCACGAACUGGUACGAAGGCAAAAGUGCAUUCAAAAUCACGUACAAUCAGAUGACAGAACUUACUUUGCAGGAUUUGGAAACUAUUUUCAACAUCUCAACGAAAAAGAUAUAUUACGAAUCUGACAAACAUCGAAAUUUAGUUUUUUCAUUUUUCGUAUCAGUGGGAUUCAUGUCAGUCUAUUUCAAUCAAUCGAGCUCGAACUAUCAACAAUAUCCCAUCAAAACACCAGAAACAGUGGAUAUCGAGCUACCAAACAAGGAGAUUUAUGCGGAGAUGAAAUGGUAUAUUUUUCGUUACGUAAACAAGUAUGUAAAUUCGUUGACAGAAUCAGGUCAACAAGAAUUCCAAUGGGUUAAUAGGUUGAUAUAAUAUUGGAGUGAAAAUGUAACAACAAAUCACUGAGAAAAUCACCAGUUGAAUCUUAACCCUAUUUAUAUAAAAAUGCUUUCAAUUUCUUGAAUCAGAUCAACACAAGUUUCACUAUAACUAUGACUCACAGUUCACCUCUAGCCGCGCAGCUUACUAAAACCAUUUCGGAAAGGAUGGGCUCAUUUAUUUGAUUAGCCUCCAAAUCUGAAAAAGUAAAAAAAUAUAUUGGGUCAAUUUUGGAACUGCAGUAUGAUAUGGUUUCAUUCGAAUUAUUGAAUGAGUGAAAGCAUAUUUUGGAUAAACACCUUACCCCUUUUUGGGCAACAUACUUCGACAAAAAUUGGAAUAAAAUACGGAAACCAAUCCUCCACUUUUGGAUUGAUUGAUACAGUAAAUAAAUACUUCAUUUUUGGCUGAUUAAUUCAGUAAAUAAUUCACAUUUGACUGAUAAGCAGUACAGUAGACUUGACCCUAAUUUGAGAGGGGAAUUUCUUCGUGGAAACUGGUCCAACAACACGUUUACUACAUACUUUGAAAAAGACGAUGCCAUCGAGAAUAUGGCAUGCAAAAUAUAAUCCAAACCAUAUCAAUCGAGCUCGAACUAUCAACAAUAUCCCAUAAAACACCAGAAGCAGUGGCUAUCACCUUACCAAACAAGGAGAUAUAUGCGGAAAUGAAAUGGUUUAUUACUCGUUACAGUAGUUAUCUAAAAAAGUGUGUAGGUUUGUUCAUUGCUGACAGAAUUCCAAUGGGUUGAGGAGUUGAUAUAAUAUUGAGACUCAAAAUAACAGCAAACCACUGCAGCAUGUAGCAAAAUUAAUAUUAGAAUAUUUAGUAAAAAGUUCCAAGCAAAUGCCUCCUGAGAAUGUUUUUUUGUUGGAAAUGUCACAUUUGAACUUUUUUGAAACAUUCAUUUUCCAAUAGAUUUUUUUUACAGGUCGAUUUUUUUGUGAUUCUGCCAAUUAGGCAAGGCAUCCUCUAUCACACUCUUCGAAGCAAUAAUUCAAUAUUUUAGAGCACUUUGGUUUCUGUCA